AUGAGGCAAUUCAAUUCCCAGUCAUAAAUUUUCACGAGCUGAAAUCCUGAACGUAGAACAACUUGACAAGAUGCAUUCUAUGAAGGAGAAGCUGAAGGACGUGAGCAGCGAAGCCAAAUAUAAGAUGAAGGUAUCCUCCAUAGUUACCCAGGAGAAGAAGGAGAAGGCGACUGCUAGGAACAGGCAGGAAAGAGAAAUGGCGGAUGAGAGAGCAAAGGCGAAGAAGGCUCAGGCCAAGGCUGAUCUUCACCAGGAGAAAGCCGACCACCGGGCGGUGUCCGCAGCUCAUCAUGCCGGCUUACACCAUGUUCCCCUCGCUGGCCACCAUCACCAUCAUGCACAUACUGGAGCUGCCGCUCCUGCCACUCACGCCUAUUCCGGGGCUCAUCCACACACCGGAAAUUACUAUUAGAUUGUGUGUGUGCGUGUGUUGUCUACUUUUGAAAAGUGUGUGCUAUGAAAUAUAUCGCUUGUAUUUAACCUUGUAAGUACUGAACUUUCAUGUUUA